AUGGAGGAAAGGGAUGACGAUCCGUUCAACUUUGAUACGGAACGCCUGGUAAAAGAGCUUUGUACAGACAAUCGCUCUUGGAAGCCUUCCCAGCCGGAAAAGUGUCCUGACCGGACAUUGCUGGAAGCCAAGAUUCGUGAAUCAGAGGCAGAUGGCGAGUUUCUGAUCUGGGAAUCGGAGGAGUCUGGGUCUUUCAAAGACGUCUAUGAUCAGUUUGAGAUCAAGAAGGUCCCUCACAAACGGUUCAUAAGACAAGCUGCCGAACAGUUUCGAAAGCGAAGCCGGAGAUUCAAGCAGAAGCUCGCAGAGCGAAGAGUAAAGGACCCAGUGGAAGAUGGUUUGCCUCAAGAGCUGCCGACAGUUGCUCAAGCCACUGCCGUAACCGUUCCUCCCGAACCGCCCCAGAAAAAAAGACGGAUAGCCCCGAUCCAGCUGUCGGAAACCCCAGUGCACGCAGAACCAGUCCGGAUACUCACUGAAGCCGACAUCAUCAAGCACUCGGAGGCUUCUACCCCCAAGCGCAAGGUUGCAGCAGUUCGUUCUUUAGGACGCCGGGAUAUACCACGCUAUCAAUACUACUCCGCGGCCCCCAUCACAUCAUCUCACUUCGAACCCGAACUAGAUGAUGACGACAAGGUUUUUCAGUUUGCACCAGGCACGUACAACUACCCCCCUGGUCACAGUUUGGCCAUCAGUCGAGGCAUUCAGCGCUACUUUGGGGUUCGUUCAGAAACAGAAGCUCCGCUGCCGCAAGAUGAAGAACACCCACUCUUUGGUGAAUCUGGCUCGGAGGCCGGCUACGACAGCGACACGAUGCAAGAGAUAGAGGCUGAGCAAACUGAGCGUACCGAGGCAUCUCAGCAGUCCCAGGCCGAGAGAAGGGCCAAAGUUUCUGAAGCAAUAGGAAACGUUCUUUCCGACCUAGAGGAGCAGUGGCGUACAGAAAAACUGCCGAAACUGAACUCAAAAGCCAACAAGAUCUGGAACGAGCCUCGAGGCCGCAAAAGCAGCCGGAUUGAUAUGAUUGAAAAGGCCAGGAUCAGGUCAAACCAAAUGCAGGCACGCUUGGCAAAAAUACGCUCUCAGAUCGAGGAAGAUCCCAAUUUCCGGCCAAAAGAUGUGGUGACGGUUCGCCAAGCUAUUGAAAACACUAUCUACGAGAAGCUCGAGGCAGAGUGGCGUGCGGAUCUACUCUCCAGGACGUCCGAACCAGAACGUGUCGUUACGAGACGUGUCCGUCGGCCGAAGGCUCCCCGCGUUGUGGUUGAGGACGGUGUGGAAGGCGAGGUACUCACCAGCGACAGCGACUCGGACGGAUUCAUCGUGGAAGAUGAUAUGGAGGAUGCCUCAGAACGAAAAGAAGAAAAAGAAGCAGCAGCAGCAGCCGGGGGACGCGAGGCUGGCUCUGCGCCAUCUCCUAUUGAUCUUACGGCCGACACCCCACAGAAACCCAACAAGGAUUCUUCGGCAAGUGACAUUUCAGAAGAGGAGCCUUCACCAUCUAAGAAGCGGAGGGUCAAGCGUGACAAAGCUGCCCAGGAUAUGCGUGACCUUGACCGGCGCAGGAUGAAGGAACAAGAAGAAAGGUCCAGAGAACUGCGUGCUCAGCUUGCCAAAUCUGAUAUGUCUGGCCUUCAGUCCCGUCUAAUCAUCAACGAAGCCAAGAAAGAUUCUCAGGGCUUCAUCUACGUCCCUGAACGCAUCGCACAAAAUAUAAAAGACCACCAGAUCGAGGGCGUCCGCUUCAUGUGGAACCAGGUUGUGAAUGAUGAUAAUUCGCAGGGCUGUUUACUGGCUCACACUAUGGGCUUAGGAAAGACUGUUCAGGUCAUCUGUCUUCUGGUGGCUAUUCAGGAGGCAUCACGAUCCUCCGAUCCGUCUGUCGUCUCUCAGAUCCCAAAAGAACUCCGGAGGUCACAAACUCUAGUUCUCUGCCCUCCUGGCCUCCUGAACAACUGGCUGGACGAAUUCAGUCGCUGGGUAGAGCCAUAUGACACACUAGGCAGGAUUUAUAAGAUCGACUCAGAAAUCCCUGCCGGCGCAAGGGCUACUUCAAUAGAGCCUUGGGUCAACACGGGGGGCAUUUUGUUGAUGGGAUAUAGCCUGUUCAGGGCCCUUGUCAGCUCUGGAGACAGCAAACUGCAGGCUUGGCUAACAGAACUACCAAGCAUUGUAGUUGCCGACGAGGCUCAUACCAUUAAAAACGAAAGGUCGAAAAUAUCGGAGGCAAUGGCAAAUUUCAAAGCAAAGGCCAAGAUUGCCAUGACCGGUUCCCCGUUGGCGAAUUCCGUGGGAGACUACUUUUCGAUGAUAAACUGGGUUGCACCAAACUAUCUGGGCCCUCGGAAGGAGUUUGCCCACUUUUUCGCCUCGCCGAUCCAGGAGGGGCUGUUUGUGGACAGCAGCCCUACGGAGAAGAGGCGAGCGAUGAAGCUUCUCAAGGCUUUGAAGGACACCGUUUCGCCCAAAGUACAUCGGAUGACAACGACUGCUCUCAAAGGCCAACUGCCCGAAAAGAGAGAGUACGUGAUUGUGGUGCCUCUUACCGAAUACCAGAAGAGCGCCUAUGAAGUCUACAUGCGGUGGGUGGCUACUCGAGAUGAUGCGACCACUGUCAGCUUGCUUGGCUACAUAUGCCAGCUGAGCACUCUUCUGGUCCACCCCCGAAUCUUUCUCCAAUACUUUGUCGAACUCGCGAAUGAGUACGACAAAGAUGUUAGGAAAAGCGACGGUGGAAGAGAGAUUCCCAGACAUGUUAUUGGCAAUCUUAUUGCGGAAGUCAACCGCAGAGAUAUCCACAACCUCAAACAUUCGUACAAAAUUACCGUUUUGACCAAGAUUUUAGACGAGGCAAAGAGGGUCGGAGACAAGGUACUGAUAUUCAGCAGCCGGAUCCCAGUACUCAAUUUUCUCGAAAACCUCAUGAAGAUACAGCAGAGGCCCUACUCGAGACUGGAUGGUGAAACCAAAAUAUCCACCCGGCAAUCUUCAGUUGCUAAUUUUAAUGCCAACAAUGAUGAGGUCUACCUUAUAUCGACGAACGCUGGGGGUGUUGGCCUCAACAUCCAGGGCGCAAAUCGCGUAGUGAUGAUGGACUUCCAAUGGCAACCCGCGAAUGAACAGCAGGCCAUCGGACGAGCCUACCGUAUCGGCCAAACGAAACCAGUCUACGUCUACUGGCUCAUCGUUGGCGGCACCUACGAGCCAAAGCUUCACGCGGCUGCUAUCUUCAAAACGCAGCUUGCCUCGCGUGUCGUCGACAAGAAGAAUCCCAACCCGCAUGCGUCAAAGGUCAAAACUUGGAUGCAGCCGCCUGAGAUUGUCAAGCGCGAGGAAGCGACUCUAGCUAAGGUCAGAGGGUCCGACCCCGAAGUGCUUGAUCACAUUUUGGACUCUCCAACUAGUGACCAAAUUUGCAAGAUUAUGAUCGGAGACAUAUUCGAGCAGGAGGAGCCAGACCACCAGUUGUCACCCGAGGAACUGAAAGAGGCAGUGGAUUUGGUUAACAUGAACCGGCUUCGUAUUACUAACCCGGAGGAGUAUCACCGUCUUACGCAGCCUGCUUUCGUACCAGCGCAUCCCUUUCCCGGCCCAACAAAUAUCGCAACAGUGCAACCGUAUGGGUAUGUGCCAAUGACCUUGAAUUCUCAGCAGGUCACAGGAUUGCGAGAGCAAGGUGGUGAGGUUGGUCUGAGACCCAGAACACCUUCGAAGAUAAUCCUGCAUUUGCCAAAGACAAGCACCUCGAUGACCCCUAAUUUGCCACACGAGGCCACCUCUGGGUAUCCGUUACCAUUGCCGAAAGCAAACACAGAGGUCGUGAGCCAAGGUCGACCUGCCGAAGCAGGCAGCGCACAGGUGCCACCAAUACCUGGUGCCGGCACCUUUACUAAACCGCGGCCCCAGGAGCAAGGCCCCUUUAAGGCAGGGGCUUUGGGGCUCUCUUUGGGUGAUAGAUUUAUUAACGAGGCACAAGAGACGAUGUGGGGCAGCAGUAUGGUGCCAAGUGACCUACUUAAGCUUGCAAAACAAGUAGAAAGGGCAAUCGAAGCUAAAAACAUCUCUGGUCUUCCUGGCCUUGCCUCUUUACGGCUCCUGCUGCAAGCUUUCCAAGAUCAGACAAUCUUGGAGUGUGUCUUGUCAGGUCAAUUACAAAUAGACCGACUGGUGACUACGAAGAAAGCCGAGUUUGAUAUGCAGCUCGCAAAGGCAAAAGAAGAGACACACUCGCCUGCUGCUGAUACAGAUCGACCGGGAAGUGAUACUGUGUCGGUGCCAGAACCGACUGCAUCGACAAUUCCAGGCUUGGGUUUGAUUCACACGCAAGCUCAUGUAUCCAAUAUGACGGCUUCAACGAGCUCGGUACGGCCACCUACGACUGAAAAUUCAAGCUACAGGUCGCAUAGCACAGAUUCGACAAGAGGGACGAUCUCUGGGCCCAAAACACCAGGCUCAACGGUCCAGAAUCCUCCCACGAAUGCUCUCCGACCCAGUCAGUCGAACCCCGGAAGCACCACGAAACAGCCCACACCGAACGGGGCGGGCCUCAACUCACAUGCCCAGACGCCCUCCCGGGCCACGCAAGAAAUCUUGGACCGUAAGGCAAAAAAGAAGAAGAAAAAAAAGAGGUCGAAACUCAAGACGGAGACGGAAAGAGAGCCUCGUUUGCCUGGAUGGGCCAACAAGGUAUCCGGCGGGAUGGCCUCAGAGUCCACAAAUGGGGACACACGGAGCAGUUUGUCACGGCUUGGGGACAGCAAACACACACCGAUGGUUUUGGACGACGAAUAGAGAUCAUUGGAUUGACACAUAGUUCGUGUCGAGGGUUUGCAUUGUGGUUGCUGGACAGGUAUGGAGAUGGAUGUGGAUGAGGAUGGGUGCAAGGAUUGAAAACGGAUAAUACUGUGAUACCCCCUAUUAUUGAUUGUCGACUCAUGAUUGAGCGCAGCGUUGUCUCCGUAUCGAUAUGGUUAAAUAUGACAUACUCGCCCCUUGAUUGUUACAACAUUAUCUAGG